UUCAGUGAUGGCCGAUGUUUCAAGUUGUGCGGAGUGAAUAAAGCUUUGCCAAAUUUGUGUUAAUUCACAAAUUUAGUUAAAUUCGUUACCUUUGAAGUGUUGAAUAAUUAUCAUUGAAACAUUAUAUUCAAAUUUGUGAAUUUAUUGGUGACUAAAUUGUAAGUGUUGUUCGAUGUUGAAUGUUUGUUGUGUCGCUGUAAUAGGAUCGGUGUAAAAUAAAAUAUUGGAUUACUGAUCAGGGUUUAAUUGAUCGUUGUGAAUUAUCGAUCGUGAGAAACUGGAAAGUGCGUCAAUGAGACGUUGAUUCUCGAACGAGUAAGGGCAUCGCCACACUGUUCGGUUCGCUUAGUUAGGGGCGGUGUGUGAGUGUCGCACCGCCAUGUCGCACCACAGCGACGAGCAUGCGUUGCUCACAACCACUUCCGACUCGUUCUGGGAGCCUGGUAACUACAAGAGGACCACCAAGAGAGUAGACGAUGGACAUCGACUGUGCAGCGAACUUCAAACCUUGGUCCAAGAACGUGCCGAUAUCGAGAAGGCGUACGCGAAAAGCCUCAGAGGAUGGGCUAAGAAAUGGAAUGAUUUGAUCGAAAAGGGACCAGAAUACGGCACAAUGGAAGCUGCUUGGAAGGGCAGCAUGGUGGAAGCGGAACGACUUUCAGACCUCCACCUCAGCGUCAGGGAUAGGCUGGUGAACGACGUUAUGGCACAGAUAAAGAACUGGCAGAAGGAAACUUAUCAUAAGUCAAUGAUUCAACUAAAAGAACGCAAGGAAAUGGACGAAGCAUUCAAGAAGGCCCAGAAACCAUGGUCGAAAUUACUUCAGAAGGUUGAACGCGCCAGGCUAGAGUACCACACGGCUUGCAAACAAGAAAGGACAGCACAGAACCAGGAAAGAAACGCCAGCGGAGACAGCUCUUUUAGUCCAGAUCAGAAAGCCAUGACGGUCAAGAAAAUGGCAGAUCGUGUAUCGAAAUGUCGCGACGAAGUGUCAAAGAACCGAGAAAAAUACCAGACAGCUCUAGCCGAGAUCACGGCGUACAACCCUCGAUACAUAGAGGACAUGACUUCAGUAUUCGAUAGGUGCCAACAGAUGGAAGCGCAGCGAUUGAAAUUCUUCAAAGAUGUGCUGUUUAGCUUCCACAAAUGCCUCAACAUAAGUCAAGAACCGAGCUUACCGCAAAUCUACGAAGAGUUCCACCACACGAUCAACAACGCAGACAGCCAGAAGGACCUCAAGUGGUGGGCCAACAACCACGGGGUCAAUAUGGCGAUGGCCUGGCCUCAGUUCGAGGAGUACACCGAGGAGUUCCGGGACAUCGCCAAGGGCAAGUCCAAGGAGAGCCUGCCCACCGGACCGAUUACGUUGCUCAAUCAGCGGCCAGUCAGCGAGGAUGAGUUACCGCCAAUAACGAAUAACAAGACGAACAAAAGUAACAAUCACUCGGAGCCCCCCGUGCCCGCGCCCGCUGCCCCGCCCCUCUCCAACAACACCACCGCCAACAACACCAUAGACAAGAAGACCAUCAGCGCUCCCAUCGCCGUCACUAACGGCACGGCGGGCGGCCCGAAGUCGAACAAGUCGUCGCCCGCGCGGGAGGGCGCCGACAACCCGUUCGAGGAGGAGGAGUGGGACGGGGACGGGGAGGGGGGCGCGCUCACGGACUCCGGCGAGCCCGGCCUGCCCGUGCGCGCGCUCUACGACUACACCGGCGCAGAGAGCGACGAGCUCUCCUUCCGGCAGGGAGACCUGUUCGAGAAGUUGGAGGAUGAAGACGAGCAGGGCUGGUGCAAGGGACGCAAGGACGGGCGCGUGGGGCUCUACCCGGCCAACUACGUGGAGCCCGUGGGCCACUAGCGCCGCUGCCCGCACGAGUCCCAGCACGACUGAAUAUAUUAUCUAAAUAUUAUAAAUAUAUCAGAAUUUUCAUCAACAUCGUAAACUGAAUUACUUGUAGAUUUUUUUUAAGAGAAAAUCUUCAAUUGGUAUCGUUUACAUUAAAUUUUAUUUAUAUUUAUCGAGAACAGCGCGUCGUAUUGUCUAUUAUUAUUCAUAGCAACAUUUGGAUUCACAUUCAUACAUACAUACACGAGUACAUAAUUAAUUUAUUAGCGAGUCGCGAAUUAGUCAUUAGAGUACAGGAGGACAUUUGUAUGAGCAGUCUAGUACGAGCGACUCUACGCUUCGUCGAAUCAUAUAUCAUCCAUUUGUGAUAUAUUUUAAAUGUAAAUGUGCAGCGAAAUAUUUCUAUAAAAUUUACCGAUCGAUAAAAAAAAAACAAAAUGUUUCUGUACACGAUAUUCCUCGCUAUUGUAGGAUAUUUAUACAAUUUUCAAUAAUUUUUAGUGACGUGCCGUAUUCUUGUAGUGUGUUAUAUCGAUGUGGUUUGAGUAGAUUCAAAUCGAUGAUGCGUAUAAAAUGAAAUAUGUGAAAUAAUUUUUUAAGAUAGCGAAGCUGUUUAAUUGGCUUCGUUUUCGAUUUAUGAAUAAUUAAUUGACUUGGAACGUAUAUUUUUGGAUAAAAAUUGUUAGCUACAAUUUGCACGUAAACCAAAAAAAAUGUUUAUUUGUGUUAGUGACAUUGUAUUAUUGUUUCUAUGAACUUUGUUAACUGAAUAACAUCGUCGAACAAAGCUUGAGAAUAACUAGUUGGACACCGCUGCCUUUGUCGGGCGCAUUCAAUUUAGCUAAGCCAAAAAUUUUAGGCCAAUAUAUAAAUAUAUCGUAAUAGGCAAACCAAACGUUUAGAUGGCAAUGGGAUACAUAUAUAUAUUUUGUGAUAUAAGCUCCUGUCGGUGGGUGUCGUUGUCUGUAGGUGUGGUUGUGUACAUACACGCUUUUAAUGAUGUAAUACUUGUCGUGAAUGUAUAGAGUAUUUAUUUCCCAUUGUAUAUAAUGUGUAAUUUAUGUGAGAAUUUAAAUUUGGUUAAUAUCGAUAGUGUUGAUUGGAAUAUAUUGUAUUUUUUUUUUAGCUUUUUAUGGACGCAACGUUAUAAAGAUGCGUUGUUUUAACAAAGGAAAAUGUUUUAAAGCAAUUUUUAUUCGUGGCUCAAUAGCUAUCGAUAUAAAUCAACUCUAGUAUUAAUAUUACGAUAGGGCGCAUAAAACAUUAAUGACUGAUUAUUGGCCUAGUGGUUUUUGACGGCUCGAUUUAAGCUUCCAUUUUGGCUGCCGGUUCUCAUUCUAAGGUGCUACUCCCACGUCUCCCGCACCAGCGCAGACAUGUGCACUGUAUCCCAACUAAAUAUGCCACUACCGCAUUUAAGGCUACAUUUGACGCAAAUAUGAAAUUGCCAAAUAGAGCAUUUACGAAAAGAAGUUUUGCACGACGCAAGCGCCCUCUCGUCAUUAGUUUUAAAAAAUAUCAUUAAUAUAUUACGAAGAUGUUUACCUUUAUUUUUCUUUUUCCUUUUGUACCUCGUUAUAUUGUUGUAUUGUGAUUAUGACGGGGAGUCAUACAUAGUCACGAGGCUGAAUCCGAACACCUCCUAGACUACUUGUAUCGCGUUAGUAGCGACUUGUUUAUAUUAAAUAACAUUGUUAUAGGUUCAGCAACCUUUUGUGAAAAUUAUUUGUAUUAUAUUAUUAUUAUCAGAGAGGUGGUUCUGGACCACUUAUGUUAAUAUAUUAAUAAUAUUGGUAAUUAAAUUGUUACAUAUGUGA